CUCUGGACAGGAUUUGAUAAAUCUCCCCCAUGGUGUACAUAGCAGUACAGGAGGGGGCCAUAGAAAACUGGGGCCCCAUUUUGGUGCCUAAAUUUGCCUCCUAGAGCAGAAAGAUGCAUUAAUGCAGUUCCUCUUGGAAAAGGAGUCAAAGGCUAUGGAAAGGAAUUCUGCAGACGGUGGAUUUUACACAGCAAGGAUCCUGCCCUGAACCAUAAGCAAGAGGAAGAUUCUGAUCCCUUCUGGAACAGGUUGGGAAAUCUGUAGUCCGCUGUUUACCCUUAGGAGACAUGGGCAAUGACCGAGCCCUUGGUGGCCCUCUGUAUCCAGACCCUCUCCUUCCUCCCUUGGGGGCAGUAGUGGCGUGCUUGCUUCACAUCGCUGUAUUUGUUGUAGCUGUGCUAUAUAGAAAUGAUGGAAUUACAGACAAAAGACAACAUGCUGCAGAGAAAAAUAAGACUCAACUGCAGAAAAAUGGCCCAGUGCAAAGUGACCAGAAAGGUCCUCCUGUUCCUCCAAUUCAUCCCGAGAGGCUAAAGGACUUUGUGGAAGAAGAAUUCCUGAAUGGAAACUUGACCACAUGGGAAAUGAAGAUUUCAGGGAACCCAGAGCAACCUUUGAAAGAUGCUGUUGAACCUGUUGCUGUAAAAGCCCGAAAGCCAAGUGUACGGCCAAAGAACGAAUUCUUAAGGUUUGAAGAUAUCAGUGGUGCAGCCUUUAAAAUUCAAAGUGGUAUACAAAAGACCCCCUGCAUGUAUUCAAGGAUUUCCAAACAAUAUGGAGUAGACAUUUAUCUGAAGAAGGAAUAUCUCCAGUAUACAGGAUCUGUGAAGGAGAGGGGUGUAUUGUACCUUCUUACAUCACUCCACGAGGAUCAGCAGAGGAAAGGAGUGAUUGUGGCUACAGAUAGUAAUUUUGCCAUGGCUGUAGCUUUUCAUGCAUCAGAAUUACAGAUCCCUGUGUUUGUCAUUGUGUCGGCUGGAACAUCACCAAACCGGGUCAAAAUAUGCCGCGAAUAUGGGGCUAUGGUUAUUUUAUUUGGACCCACAGCAAGAGAUGCUCAGAGCCAUGCCCGGAGACUGGCGCAAGAGAAUGGUUACCUAUAUAUUGAGGAGGAAGACAGUGCUGGUUAUCUUGCUGGGCUGGGAACUGUUGGGCUGGAGAUAUAUGAACAAGUGCCCAAUUUAGAUACCGUCAUAUUUCCUGCAGGUGGAUACUGUGGCUUGUUAGCUGGAUCAGCAGCUGCCCUAAAACAUCUGAAUCCGAAAAUCACAGUAAUUGGUGUGGAGAGUGAAAAGUUCCCCAUUGUACAGCAAGCACUGAAAAAAGGACACUGCUUAACAGAACAUGACUAUCUCACUCAUCCUUUGUAUGGGGACUUGGGUGGACCUUCGUUUGGUGCAAAUACCAUAAAGCUGACCAAGAAGCUUAUAGACCAAGUGAUAUCAGUGAGGGAGGAGGACGUGCUGUUGUCCAUGCUGAGGCUCCUGGAGUGUGAGAGGGUUACAGCCGAUGCAGAAGGAGCAAUGGGGCUUGCAGCCAUAAUAUCUGGAGUACUCCCAGACCUGAAAGGAAAAAGGGUGGCCGUGGUUGUGAGUAGUGGGAACCUGCCAUUGCCUUUAUUUCGCCAUUGUCUGGACAGAGCUCUAGUUCUGGAUCAUCGCGUGUGCAAAUUUUCUAUUGUGCUGCCAGACUUCCCCGGAGAGAUCACUAAACUCUUAGAAGCCAUUGGUCGAGAAGAAGUCAGGGUCCUGGAUAUGCAGAAGGAAAACAUCUUCUUGUGCAAUGAUCUGUUCACCUUGGAGGUAACAUGCUUGGUGGAGACUAGAGAUAAGACCCACUCUCUACAGUUAAGGACAGCCCUUGCAGACAGAUAUUCUACCCUGAAGUGGAUAGAGCAAUGAAGAUCAACCUGGAACAAUUCUUAUUUCUGAGAGAUAAAUGCAAAGACAUUAUUGUUCGAAGUGUCAGAAUCUGAAUACAAAUGGUAGAGUUGGAUAAGUGGUAAGACAUAGACUGUGACCGAUGCUGCUUAAGUUACUGUCUAGGUUUUACUAUAAGGUGAGCAUUAUGUAAGUUAUACAUAAACCAUCUACUUGGUGUUCUAUUUUGGUAGUUUUGGAGAAUGUUUUGCAGCAUAAUCCCUCACUAGUAUGGACAAUAUUUUACAAUGGUGUGUUCUCUCUUUGUAGCUUGGUAGCAAUUGAAAUUUACUGUAUGAUACACUACAACCAAUGUCGAUAAAAAAAAAAAAAAAAAAAAUCCUGGACUCAAAGUAAAAUAAAAUUUUGUUUUUAAUUCAUGAUUAAUUAAAACACUUCUUCACAUACCAAUCCAUGUGGACAUAGGAAAACACCAACACUACAUGGUUCUUGUUACAAGUCCAUAUGCUUUUAUAUGUUAUCUGUUAGAUUAAUUUUCUAAGUAUACAGUGAAGAAGAAACAUUUGGUGUUCAAAAUGUGUCGGUUCUGCCUAUGUCCACAUGGAUUUGCUUCUUAAGAUGUGUUUUAAUGGAUCAUCAAUAUAAAAAAGGGGUUUUAUUUGCUUUGGAAUGCCAGAUUUAUCUCCUGUUUUUAUCAAGUCUACUGUCACCAGCCAAUGGCUAAUCCACACUCCUGGCAGGAUGUCUCCUAUAUUAAAGUAGUGAGCACAAACUUGUAGUGUUCUUACUUGUAUCUCCAAUGUAAAAGCUCUAGCAACAAAAACAUGGCUCAACUGCCAGGUAAAGAAUGAUGUCAAAAAAUGUACUAUAACCUUCAUAUACAAUUACUUUUACAGUCAUUUCUGGUAUAAAGCAAAUGACUGGACGUACUGGACUGGAUGCUUACUAAUGUAUGUGAAGAAAAGUAUGUGCACACCUGACCAUCACACAUAUAUGAUUCAAAGGUGCGUGAGGUCAGUGCUCAGUGCAGGCCAUGUGAGUAUUCCCAUUUCAAGCCAGUUAAGUCAUGUAUAUUGGCCUCACUGUGUGCACUGGGACUUAGUCAUCCUAAAACAGGAAGGAGCCUUUAGCAAAGUGUCGCAAACAAAGAUGUAAGCAUU